GUCUUGCUUAGAUUCUGGCCAUGGCCAAGUACUGCCUCAUCUGCAUCGCAUGCGCAUACGGGUUCGGACGACACGCAGAGUUCAUUCCCCAAGCGUCCCGCACAGCGGCCCUCCGCCUCAGUUUCAUUUGCCAGGUUAUCUGGUACUGGUCUAUCACGCUCGUAAAGCUAUCAGUGGCUCUACUCCUCCUACGCUUGAAACCUGGACGCGCUUGGCGGAAUUUCCUAUUCUCUAUCAUGGGAGUACUGCUUCUCAACGCCACUGUGCAGACCUUCUUCCAAUUUCUGCAGUGCCGGCCCUUCAGUUCCUACUGGGAUCCUUCUACCUUUUUCCGGCCGGGGGGUGUAAAGUGCGUACCGCGGAGCGUUAUUAUCGGGAAUAUAAUUGCAGGAAGCGCAGUACACGUCUCGACCGAUCUCAUCUUCUCUUUUGUGCCGAUUAUAUUCAUCCGGAAGCUACAUCGACCGCGCGAGGAGAAGAUAUUUCUCGGUGUUCUGAUGGGUCUCGGGCUGUUUGCGUCUUCCUUUGCCAUCUUGCGCACCGUUUGGUUGCAGUCGUUUUACACGUCAACGGAUGUCUUUCGUACGAACGUCAUGGCGACUAUUUGGGCAAUGCUGGAGCAGGAAGUUGCGCUCAUCGCUGCUACUAUACCCACUCUGAAGAGCUUCAUGCAACGUUCACUCGUGAAAGUUGGAGGCUUCUUUUAUGAUCAAGAUACUGAGACGCAGGCCCGGAAUCGGUUGGUGGAACUCGGAUUUCUGGGUACGAAUAAUGAUGAGUUCUCACAUUCGAAAAUGGGUAUGAAAAGAAAAGCGUCGAAGCCGGAUCUGGAGAUGGCCAGUAUUGGGAAUCUGACGGAUUCUAGGAAGUUGAAAGAUGAUUUUGGUGAUCCAAUCGAAAAUGGUAGAGUGACUGGAGAUAUAGGCCUUUUAUAACUUAUCUCUCUAACAGUUCGAUUCAUGUCGCCUUUCUCCAGUGCCCUGAAAACAUGAUUUGUUCUAAGUCAAUGAAUUAAUGAGGCUUGUAGACGCAAGACGCAUAAGAGUGUGCCAAGCUUCUUCACCACCUGUCUAUGCGAAGUCGAGCUUCU